AUGACGUCGCGGAGGCGUCCCGUUCUUCUUCGAACCUACGGCUUUCUGGAGAACGAGGAGAAUCAUCAGCAGUCGUCGCUACUGGACAACGCGACCGCCCUGAGCGAAGCGCUGUCGUUGUUUCAGGAAUACUACGGUCUGUCGGGAAACGGCGUUCUGACCGUGGAAACGAUUCGCGUCAUGCGCAUGCCGCGAUGCGGCGUCGCCGACAUUCGCGCCUACAGCCCGUUGACGAGAAAGUGGCCGAGGGCGCAUCUCACGUGGAACUUCAAACUAGCGAACAGAGGUACUCUGCGCACGACUCAGAGCGCGUUCUCUCUGUGGUCCGAGCAAUCCACUCUGACGUUCUCGCGCGACUCGCUGCGCCCCGAUAUACUGAUAUCCUAUCAAUCCGGCGCUCACGCGUAUGAGAACAGCGACAACGGGGGCUCGUGCCCGUCGCCGUUCGCGGGACCGGGAUCGGUUGUCGCUCACGCGUUCUUUCCGACGGGAGAGCCGGAUCAGGUGACCGAGGUGCACGUCGACGAGACGGAGCCGUGGCACAUCACGCUGACCAAGCCCUCGUCGGACAGGCUGUAUCUCCUUCAGACGCUGACGCACGAGAUCGGUCACACUCUGGGUCUGACACACAGUACGAGGGAUGACUCGGUCAUGUACGCGUACACGCCUUCGGAGGAAAGACGAUAUCCGCUCAGGCUGAGCGUAGAGGAUGUCGUAAACGUGCGAAAUCUCUACGGAUCGAGAGAGACGACGACUCCUAGGAUCGUCGACGCUACUCGACCGACGACCGCGGCGACGACCGCGACGACGACGACGACGGCCUCGACGACGACGACGGCAGCCGCGGCUCAGUCGACGACCGCGAGAACGGUCGAGCCGCCGCUCGCUCCCUCCGAUACCGCGGAUCUAUGUGCCUUGAGGCGCGUAGACGGAGCGCUAAUCAUGAAUCGUCGCCUUUACGUCAUAUACAACGACGAUAAGAUAGCCGAGAUGAACGACUGCGCGAUGACCGUCGCGAGGCACGGCGUUCUGCGGGAUACGUUUUCCGGGAUACCACCCGCGAUGACGGCCGCCUUCCGUCACGUCGACGGUAAUCUCUAUUUUCUGAAGAAACGCGACUAUUACGCGUACAGCGAGUUCCUCGACGCGAUAAUCUCGGCCGGUCCCUUCGAUCUUAGCAUACUGGGAAUAGAAUGCCCAGCCGAUGGCAUUCUGCAUCGAUUGAGCGAACUCGUCUCCAAGCUGUAUCGUCUGGAAUACGCGUCCUUCGAAAGACCGCGCAACGACGACGACGACGACGAUGACUAA